UUACGGUUACGGCGCUGGCUUAAAGGAUGAAUUUUCCCGUCCGUUUCUCCCUCCUCUUCCUACAUCUAUUUCCAGGAUUGGAUGGCCAGUCUUCGAAGUGGAAACGGCAGGAUCCCUCGAGGUAAAAUUUCCAUCUUCCGUCAAUUCACCAGCUCCCUACUUCUCCUUGUACUAUAUCCUUGUCCGUUUGCAACCAUCUAUAGAUCUGUACAUAAUCAGUUGAGACACUUGGAGUUGAUUGAUGUCAGGCACUGGGGGCUGAUGCCUCUAGCUCGCUCAUCUGGUCUACCUAAUUCUGCGGUCAUGCUCUCCUUAGCGGAGAUCCUAACAAAUCCACCUCUCAGUAUGGCUAGGAUUAUUGAUAUGGAAUUGUCAUCAUUACGAACUUCUUAACAUGAAAAAUC